AUGGGCAGUUACCUGGGCAAGCCAGGCCCGCCGUCGGGGUCCGCCCCGGUGCGCGCCGACCUGCCCGAGCGCCCCGUGACCCGCCGGCCGGCCCAGCCGCUUCACCAGGUGCACCGGGUCCAGCACGUCCAUCGCGCCCACCCUGCGCCCCGGCACCGGCCUGCCCGACGGCCGCCCAACUGGGACCCCGCCAAGCCCACCGCCAGGAGGUGCAGCGAGGCGUGGCGGCGCUUUCCCAUGCGGAGGCCCGCCACGUCCUUCCUGGGGCCGCAGCCCGCCGACUGGUGGGAGAGUUACCUCAAGCGCAGCAUCUGGUCCCUGCGGCACCCGCGGGCCGUCUGGAGCCCCGUGACCGUCAGGAUCGCGCCUCCCGAUCCCAGCGAGCCGCCGGCCACACCGCCAGCCGAGGUUAUCACCCUGGCGGGGUCCUCUGCUGCGGAGAAGACGCCAAGCCCAGACCCGUGUGCCAAGGAGACGGUGCUGACCGCCCUCCGGGAGAGCCGGAAAGGGAGGGUGUGGCUGGUGGAACCCCUCUCCGCCGAGAACGUGGACCCCCAGAGCGCGGAGCCCAGACCCUCCGCCUUCAGGGCCCUGAGGCGAAGCGGGGGUCUUCCUUCCUACUCGCCGAGGCCCGGGCCCCUGCAGCGCGGCGCUCGUCCCGGGAGCUCGGCUCACGCAUUACGACCCAGGCCCAGCCGCACCUCUGUCAGCUCCGGGGCCAGUAGGCCCCCGCUGGGCCCCCUCAUCGCGCAGAGAAACGCCAUCAGCAGCUCCUACAGCUCUGGGAAGGAGUCCUCCGAGCCUCGGAAGAGAAGCGCAUCCCCCUCGGCCCCAGAGUGGCCCGUGAAAAGGCCAGAGAAGGGCCGUGGCGGCCACUCUCCAGUGCCACCCGCAUCACACACGCCCGUCCAGGACUCCAGCAGCUCCGAGCCGCCAAAGCCAGAGGCCCCGCUGCUGCUCUGUGACCCCGGGAACACCGCACCCCCGGCCGCAGGGACCCCGCUCUGCAAGGCCUUCCCUGCCGGGGACCCCGCCCAGGAGGAGAGAGCUGGGCCCCCGCAGGGCGGCCAAGCCCAAGAGGUCACAGCUCGGCCCACCACCGACGUUGUCCCUGAGAAGCCACGUCCGCUGCCUCACACCUUGCUCUGCGUGGAGACAGUGCCAGCUCUGGCCACCGAGCCCACGGUGGGAAGUUUCAAGGAAGGCCAGCAGCCCCCCGAACGCCCGCUGUCCCCCCAAGCUCCUGCAGAUGCCAGCACCGUGACCCAGUCACCUCCGGAGGCCCCCAGCCCACUGACCCCCGAGUCAGGGCCUCCAGGAGACGCAAAGCCCGAAGCUGGUUUGGUCCUCCUGGGCCCUGUGUCCACCACCUCGCCAGCCACGGACGCCCCGCGGCCACCUGCAACCCCGGAGGCCGACGGGUCUGCCAGGCCCCAAGGCUCCCUCGGUGAUGCUCCUGGGCCCCUUGGGAGGCUGAGUCACCCAGCUCCCCUCCUUCCUGCCCCUCCGGCUGCAACUUCCGCCGACCCCAGGACCAAACCCAUCUCGGGGCUCCCCCCCGGCGGCCUGGUCGCGGCUUCCUCAGCAGCCGUGGCCCCCAGCCCAGCUGACGCCUCCCAAGCUGGUGCCUCCCAGGCCCUGCUGGGUCUGGGUUGUAUGAACGUCACCAGGGCCUUUAGUUGCGCUGUCGCCUCCCGUUCCACGAGCCAGGCCUCCGUGCUCGGGGUCAGCUUCUCCUGCACCACAGGCUUCGUCCCGGCCGUGCGCACCGUGGCCGUGCUGAGCCAGGUGCUCCCCAGCGCUGUGCCCAUCUCUUCCAGCAGAGGCGCCACCAGCCUGGGGCCCCUCGGGAGCCCCCUGGCCGCCACACAGCCAGCCUGGUCACCCAGCAUCUCCCAUGCGGCCCCAGCACUCGCAGCUUCCCCGCCGUUAGGCCCCACGCCAGCUCCGCCCCACUCCGGGGGAGCCACGUCGCGGUCAGCGGGGGGGUCGGGGCCCGAGCAGAAGCCAAGAGCACCCCCGCCGGGGACCGUCCCCAAGCCCGACUCCCGCAGGACCACGAGCUUGUCCGCCAGCAUCCGGCCCGCCGCGGGCAGCACGGCGGUGGGGUUCUCCGUCCAUCAGGCCGGCGCGGCUGCUUUGGGCGCUGUCCCCCUGGUCCCCCACAGUGGGGCCGGCGGCUCCAUGUUUGGCAGCACAGCCCCACGACCCUUUGCCUUCGGGGGCUUAGAGACCCCAAUGGACUGUGGGGAGAGUGGACCCCUCGGGCCAGCCCCCAACGUGAGCUCCGCAGCCCGAGCAGGCGCGUUCAGUGUGGGACCUGUGCCACCCAGCGGGACCACGGGCCUGGCCACCCCCUUCGCAGGAGCCUGGGGCCAGAGCAUCCCAGGCCCGGGCAGCCAGAGCUCAGCGUUCGCCUCGGGAGGAGCCAUGUUCGGCGGCGGCCUCAUCGCCCCCUUUGCUCCGCACCCCGCAGGCCCCGGCCCGGCUAAGCACCGCACAGCUGGGGCGCCGCCUUCCCCCGCGCAGGGCGCGCCGGCCAGGGGCCCUUUCCGCUCAUCGGCCCCUUCGUUUUCCAUUGGCACCAAGUUCAAAACCCCAAAGAGUCGGGAGCAAGGGCACUCCCGGCGGCACCAUGGCCACAAGAAAUAG